AUGGACCCUCUGAACCAGAUGACUGCAAGUAGACAGGUAGUGAGAGGAAUACUUGUGAACGAGUUGAAGAGAAUGGGUGGGUUGAAGUACACAGAGACUCUGAAGGUGAGAAUGUCAAAGGAAAUUGGUGACGGGAAAACCAAGGAGGACUCAGUCUACUUCAAAUCUAAGACUGGUACUGCAACUAACUUCGAGGAUAUUGAAAGUACUGCUGCUCAAAACCAACUGACAAUAUUGUCUAGAAUUGAAACCUUCCAAAACUUAGGUUCAAACUGGAUUAUACUCAAUAUUGAGAGUCAUUACGUAAACAUUGCAAUGUAUAAACCAUUAAGGGGUAGUUCAUAUAUGAAACUUCCAGGGGACAUUAGUAAUCCAAAGUGUGGGCUCAUCAAUAUGAAGAACAAUGACAACCUGUGUUUCCUGUGGAGUCAUGUGAGACAUCUGAGGCCAAAAGCCAGGAGAGCAACCACUAUCACACGGAAAGAUAGGGAAUUCAUAACGAACCUGGACUACGACGGUAUAGACUUCCCCGUGAAGAUAAGUGACAUCGAUAAAAUUGAGAGGAAAAAUAGUAUCAACAUAUCGGUGUUCGGUUACAAGGGUAAGAAACAGUUCUACCCCAUAAGGAACUCAAAGGCUAAACAUGAUGAGCAUAUGGAGCUUCUACUCCUGGGUGGUAGUGAAGGUAACAACCAUUACGUUCUCAUAAAGGAUGUAAACAGGAUGCUCUUCAGUGUAAGUAAACAUACAAAUAAGAAGCACUUCUGUCUACACUGUCUUCAUAGUUGUGUGAGCAAAGAGGUACUGGAGAAGCAUAAGGAAACAUGUCUGGAGGUAAAUGGAACUCAGGCUGUAAAUCUUCCCAAGGAAGGGACAAAAAUCAAGUUCAAAAAUCACAGGAACUCAAUGCCAGUACCGUUUGUGAUAUACGCUGAUUUUGAGUCAAUACUAGUACCAGAGGAGAGAAAAGUGAACUCAAAAAACCCUGAGGAUAAAAGUAGUACAGACCUUUACCAGACACACAAGGCUUGUAGUUUUGGUUUGAAGACUGUCUGCCACUAUGAUGAUAAGUACUCCGGUGAGUAUAAGAGUUACGUUGGAGAGGAUGCUGCAUUGGUCUUCCUAAAGACUGUAUUGAAAGAGUCCUUCAGAUGUAGAGAGAUGGUCAACAAUAUAUUCAAGAAAAAGAUGGUAAUUACACCCAAACAGGAAUUCGAAUUCCAGGCUGCAAGAAACUGCUCAAUAUGUGGUAACGACCUUGGUGAGGAUAGGGUAAGAGACCAUGACCAUGUAACAGGAAUGUACCGUGGAGCUGCUCAUAAUAUAUGCAACCUGAAGUAUAGAAUUACAUGGAAAGUGCCUGUGGUCUUCCACAACCUGAGAGGUUACGAUAGUCAUCUGAUUAUGCAGGAAAUUGGUAAGUUCAAAAUGGACGUCAAUAUGAUCCCAAAUAAUAUGGAAAAAUACAUCUCAUUCUCACUGGGUAAGAAUCUGGUCUUCAUAGACUCUAUACAGUUUAUGGCUUCUUCACUGGAAGCACUGGUGAGUAACCUUUCACCUGAGGACUUCAGGAUAGUAGGUAAGAGGUGGAAGGGUGAGGACUUCAAUAUAGUAACACAAAAAGGAGUAUUUCCAUAUGAAUUCUUGGAUAACAUUAACAAGCUUAAUACAGAAGAUCUUCCUAGUAGGGAUAAGUUCUACUCGUCACUGUAUGAGUCAGAGGUGAAGGAAGAAGAUUACCAAAGAGCUCAAAAAGUAUGGGAUCACUUCAAGAUGAAAACCCUGAGAGAUUACCACGAUCUCUACUUGGAGACUGACGUUCUUCUGCUGGCUGAUGUGUUUGAAAACUUUAGGAGAACAUGUCUGGAAAGUUAUGAACUUGACCCAGCACAUUACAUGUCAGCACCUGGUCUAAGUUGGGACGCUUUUCUAAAACAGUCAGGUGAAGAAAUAGAACUUGUAAGUGAUAUGGAUAUGUUUCAGUUCUUCGAGAAGGGUAUGAGAGGUGGUACAAGUUAUAUUGCUCAUAGACACUCCACAGCUAAUAAUAAGUACAUGGAAACGUACGACGAGUCGUCUGAGAACAAGUACUUGAUGUACCUCGAUGCUAACAAUUUAUAUGGCUGGGCAAUGUCACAAUCACUCCCAAAUGGAGAGUUCGAGUGGGUUGAGGAAUUCGACGGUAUGAAUCUAGACGACUACCUGGAAGACAGCAAAAGAGGUAUGGUUUUAGAGGUUGACCUAGACUAUCCAGAGGAACUUCACAAUCUACAUAACGGUUAUCCUCUAGCACCAGAGAGUAAGGAAAUCAGUGCUUCUAUGUUGUCAGAUUAUGCGAAGAGUAUUGCUGAGAAAUUCCAACUGAAAAUUGGAGGAGUAAGAAAACUAGUGACUUCACUUGGUCCAAGGAAAAAUUACGUCUUACAUGUACGUAAUCUGAAACUGUACACAGACCUUGGAAUGAAACUCACAAAGGUCCAUAGAGCGGUUACAUUCAAGCAGUCUCCCUGGCUUAAGGACUAUAUAGACUUCAAUACAAAGAAAAGGUCUGCAGCCCGUAAUACGUUCGAAAAGAACUUCUUCAAGUUGAUGAACAACUCAAUCUAUGGAAAGACUAUGGAGAAUCUUAGGAAAAGGGUUGAUGUGAAAUUAGUGUCCUCCAAAGACGACCUCCUAAAACUGACAGCAUCACCGUGCUUCCAGUCACAUCGAAUCAUGAAUGAGAAUCUUGUAGUGGUAAAGAGGAUGAAAGAAGUUCUAACGCUAAAUAAACCGUGUUACGUAGGAAUGAGCAUCUUAGACUUAUCCAAGACCUUAAUGUACGAUUUCCACUACAACACCACCAAGAAGGAGUACGGUAACAGCUCAAGGCUACUGUUCACCGAUACUGACAGUCUGAUGUAUGAACUGAAGACGGAUGAUGUUUAUGAGGACUUUAAGAGAAUUGGUGAAGAGCAAGACUGUUGGGAUAAUUCGGAUUACCCAAAAGAUUCUCCAUACUACUCAACUCACAACAAGAAGGUUAUAGGUAAGUUUAAGGAUGAAGCUGAAGGAGUACCUAUAAUUGAGUUUGUUGGGUUGAGGUCAAAAAUGUAUUCCUAUGUAAAGGAAAACGGUGGAGGUGGAAUGACUGCUAAAGGAGUUAAAAAGUAUGUCAUCAGAAACAAGCUCACUCACGAGAACUUUAAGAAUGUAAUUAAUACGAAAGGUAGGAUGAGACAUAAUAUGAAUACAAUCAGGAGCAUAAAGCAUACAAUUGGAACUUACGAAUUGAAGAAGGUUACUCUGAGUUGCUUUGAUGAUAAAAGGUAUCUUUUGGAGGAUGGAGUUACCAGUUAUGCUUAUGGAAACAAAAAUAUAAAAAAUAGUGACUGAGAAGUUCCCACAGAGUAGAAAGUAACAAGACGCCUACUCAGGCGUUCACACUGACCUGAAAAUGAUGAUAUGCGUGCUAUGGUGCAAUCUCGUUCCCUGAGCCUGCGGUCCUUGGGAAGGAAACGAAGGCUCUGGGAUAAUCCGUUUCAGGGAGGAAUCUGAUUGGCCGUUGAUAUGGAAUGUGCAGUUCAAUCUUAGCCAGAAUUCCUGGCUUUCGGCAACGGAUUAUCCCAGAGCCUUCGUUUCCUUCCCGAGGAUCGCAGGCUCGGGGAACGAGAUUGGCUAUGGUGUAAUAGACAAGGGAAUGGGAAGCAAGAGAGUUCGUAUAGAACAGUUUCAGCGGUAGAUUUAUCCAAAGAAAAUCAAUAAUUCGACAACAAAAAGCAGAAGGCAGAAACUGUUUGAAACCUAAAGUUGCGCUUUUGCACAAGUAACAAACCUUCAUAGGAAAAAAAUAAAAAUAUAAAAUGAGACAUAGGUAACAUCUCUUGUGCUUUAAUCACAUUUAGUUUAAUAUCAGAUACUUAGUAAUAAUAUUUAUAGAUAGUAUCUCAGGUUCACACCGAAAAUCACGUGACCAUAUUGAACUUUAUCAAAUCAUGAUCGUGGAUCAUUUCUGAGUAGUGAAGCAGUCAGAUAUAAUAUAUCAUUGUCUUCUUCGCCUUUCAGUUGCCUUGAACGAUACGUUUUUGAAGAAUGGAGAUUUUGCGCUACGCAGUAUUUCGUGAUCAUGUUCCAAUAUUGAUAUAAGAAUUAAUGAGCACAUGAUAACAAAUGAGCACAUAAUAGCUAUGAGUUGAGUUGUAUUAGGAAAUUGAGAACCAUACAAUAAAUGUCUUAGUUCUUGUUGGUAUUUCACUGAACGCACGCUUUAUCUUUACUUGCGUCAAUUCUAGUAGCUACUGCGCGAAUUUUAAUACAUGUAUUAUAUAUGGCGCGUUUUUACUGUCAAAAUUCAAUAGGUCCAAUAGUUAUAAGUCGAACACCAAAUCACCAAUGAUACAAAUCGGGCAACCCUUACUCGAAUCGAGCAGACUGAUAUGUAAAUCGAUUAUUGAAAUGAUCAAUACACAUUCAAAACGAGCAAACAGUAUAGCCAAAUCGAACGACUAUUCCUUGUUUAUAUUAUAUUGUGAACUAAAUGUUAUUGUAUUAGGCAAAUGAGAACCAUGCAAUAAAUGUUUCGGUAUUUUGAAUGCAAGCUUUAUCUUUACUACUUGCUCGAACUCUAGUAGCUACUGCGCGAAUUUUAAUACAUGUAUUAAGGUAUAUUGUCAACAUUUUGUAGGUGAAAAGAAUUGGCUAGUUUACAUUGUUCAUUAUAUUAUGAAAUAUGAUACUAGUUAAAAUUCGCGUCGAGCUAAAUGUUAUUGUAUUAGGCAAAUGAGAACCAUACAAUAAAUGUCUUAGUUCUUGUAGGUAUUUUGAAGGCACGCUUUAUCUUUAGUAUAGGCUGUAUAGCUACCACAAAGCGUUUGGCACUCAAACUAGUAGCUACUGCGCGAAUUUUAAUACAUGUAUUAAGGUAUAUUGUCGACGUUGUGUAGUGAAACUGUCAAACCUUUAACUUUUCCUUGUUUAUAUUGUGUUUAUAUUAUAUUGUGAACUAAAUGUUAUUCUAUUAGGCAAAUGAGAACCAUACAAUAAAUGUCUUAGUUCUUUUUGGUAUUUUGAACGCUCGCAUCUUUACUUGCGCGAAUUCUAGUAGCUAUUGCGCGAAUUUCAAUACAUGUAUUUUAAUAUGGUCAAACCUUUAACUUGCCCUUGUGAACUAAAUGUUAUUGUAUUAGACAAAUGAGUACCAUACAAUAAAUCAAAAUAAACUGUAGAAUCUUUAACUUGUGCUUGCUUAUAUUCCACUAUAUUGUACAAAUUCGCGUCGGGUCCAAAUUUUGGGGUUUUCGAGUCGUUUAAUACAACAUAUUGAUUGCAUAAAUCCGCCGGGUCGGCCAAAUUUUCAAAGCCAAAUUUUAGAGUCGUAUAAUACAAAAAUAAAAACAUUAAUUCAACAUGCAGAAAAGUCCAGAGUGCGACAAAAAAUUAACACAACUACACCACGUAUGCUUAUGACUUUACAACGUAUAUUUAUAGACGGUUGUUUAUUAGUUAAAAAGUCAAACUGUCGAACCUUUAACUUGUCCUUUGUAAAAUUCGCUGGGUCCAAACUUUGGGGUUUUCGAGUCGUUACACGAAGAAAAACAUAUUAGUUCAACACGCAAGAAAGUUCAGAGUGCGACACAACGUAAAAUCCAUAGGAAACCGGCACAACUCUUUGAAAAUGCAACGAAACUGUGUGAAAUAUUUUCUGAUCACUUAGCCAAAAGGCGCCAUUUUGAAACUGGACUGAAUAUAUCACCAUUGGAGUUCGGAAUUGUGCGCGUGCGUAUAAGUCCAUAUAGGUCUAUAUAUGGGCUAAUAAACGAAAAAUGCACCACAAGCAUGACAUGAGCCGACUAUUACGUACAUAAAUACCAGCUUCUUACUAUUAUAUAUGAAUCGUGGAGUCAAAGAAUCGAUGGCAUUUUGGAUUAAUCGUUGCACCCUGAGCCUGCGAUGCGCGAACGCAAACUCGAUUUCUCGACGACGAAAAAAACAGAAGAAAACAGAAAACUAGGGAUUUAAGACACUUGACCUUUCAGGUCAGUGUAAUAAUCCUAAAGGGUAAAUAAGCAGGAAGGGCCCCCUGCCUUGUGUACCCUCAAGGAGGAAAUAAAAGAUGUUAAAAAGGCUUUGGAAUAGGAAGGUUGGACGAUAUCGGGAAAGUGUAGGAUAAUCGUAUUAGAGUCUCAGCUUUGAGAUAAGUUAAAUGAAAAACAAGAAUAGCAGUUUCACAUUCUAAUAAAUGUACCAACCAUUAAUUCUAAUAUAAUAAAAAUAAAUUCUUUUAAAUAAAGAUAAAAAACUAGUGGUCUAGAAAAAUUGCCAAUGGUCUAGAAACCUCAGUUCCUAUACUACUCCCCUCGCAGUUGAUGACGUCUCUUCUGACUUCCUUAUCUCAGUCGACGAUACCGAAAAAGCCUUAAGGUCCUCGAAGCCCCAUUCAGCAGCAGAUCCUGAUGAAAUUCUAUCUUGGUUUCUCUGCGAAAACGCCUCCUCUUUAUCUCGUCUACUAGCAUUUAUCUUUAAUGCCUCAAUUCGAGAGGGCUUUGUGCAGACCAAUCUCGCUCACAUCUAUUGUGAGUAAGAUCUUGGAGUAAUUUCCAUGCAGUUGGCUUUUACAGUCAACACGAAAACUAAUCGACAGUACAGGCUCCAGUACGUACACCACGAAGGCAUUAAUAUACCUGCUCUACAAAUGGUAUGAAGUGAUGAAUACUCCUGAUGCCUCCUUAUCAAUUUGCAUGUUAGACAUUUUCUAAUAAAAGUUUUUGACGUCAACAUCCUACUACAAAAACUGAUAUAUAUGGGUGUGCAUUGUCCUUAUUAAUUGGUGACGGGAUGUCCUUAUUAAUUGGAUUGCCAACUCAGAAGACAGAGAACAAGUGUUUAGGUGUAUAUUAUUAUUAUUAUUAUUAUAAAUUUCCAAACUAGCAGUAACAACUGAAUUACUUUGGAAUUACAAGGUAUAAGAACAUAGGUAUUCAUUCAAUCUAUUCUAUAUUUACAGAUAAAAAUAGGUAAGUUAGAUAAAAAUUACGAUAAUAAACUAAAGUUUACUUAUUAUUAUAAGCACGAGACGCAGCAGGAAUGAAACUAGUGUCUUCAUCAGGGGUGAUCUAAAACUGUGAUCGUGGCUUCUUAAAUACCCAAGGGAUGACGUCACCUGCCAAGGAGAUGCAUAUAUUCCUCUGGCAAAUAGGCGCCGUCAUCCCUAUUCAAAGCAUGAUGACUCAUAUUUAUAUGCCACGCUUCUAGGCAAAGUCUUUGACCAUAGCGAUUGUUUGUGGUAAUUACUUUAGAGUUUUCCCACGCAAUCUCGUGUUUGGUGUAACAUACAUGUUCGGCUAAACUAAGCUAUGUUACACCAAACACGAGAUUGCGUGGGAAAACUCUAAAGUAAUUACCACAAACAAUCGCUAUGGUCAAAGACUUUGCCUAGAAGCGUGGCAUAUAAAUUCUAUUCCAAAGGAAAUUAAAGAGAGCAAACCCCUUUCUUCCUUUCGGACGAAAAUCGCUGCUCACAUUGAUAAUUAAAGCAAAUAUAUGCAUCUGUAAAUACAUUAUUAUCUCAUAUACUUAAUAUAUUUUAUACUAUGUUUUCUACUUUGUAAAUAGCUUUUAAAUACUUUUCAUAUUUGCUGUAUACUUCUUGUUCACACGCCCCUCGUGGAAAUCAGCUGUAGUUGACGAGGUUAGCGUGGUUAAAUAAAUCUAUCUAUCUAUCUAUCUAUCUAUCUAUCUAUCUAUCUAUCUAUCUAUCUAUCUAUCUAUCUAAGUUAUCUAUCUAUCUAUCUAUCUAUCUAUCUAUCUAGAUCACAUUGAAAUUUAUACACGACGCACGCAUUUCACUUCCCUCGGUUUCAGUUGCUGUUCCAAUUUUCUGCUCGUAAAUACCGGUUGUAGACGAACACCAACUUUACGACUCAGGUCAACCAUUUGUUUUCUAACUGCAUUUGCUGCGGUUUGAUCUUUAAAGGGGAGACCGAAUCUUACAACACUGCUUUCAUCAGGUGUUUCUCUUCUCCUCGUGUCUCGUUAUUCAAUAUUCAAGGUGUCGUUAGCAACCUUCUGGAUGGUAGAGUCGAUGAGACCAGUAGGAUAAUCCAGGCGGGUAAAAAUAGAGCGCAUAUAUAUAAUUAUAUAUAUAUAUAUAUAUACGGCGUAAUUAUGAAUUCCCUUUUAAAACUAAAUGAUGUAAAUAACGUAGCAGUUUGAACAACUACGACGUACUAGACUGAUAGUGAUGCUGAUAGUCUUAAGAGUAAAAUGCUAUAGUGUUAAUGAGCACGUCUUCAUUGACAUUGCCGUUGUAUCAAACUCACUAUUAAGCCAAACUCCGCCCUUGCCACCUUGUUAGCUCCUCGUGCAGCCACCUACCAAAGAGCCGUCAUCAAUUUUUUUAAGAUUCAGACUAGUUGUACCAAAAGUUAUAAGCGCUAGCGCACCAUAUUAAGGUUUCAGAUGGCAUGCAACAUGUACGCACUGCGUACCUAUUUUUAAGAUUAGUGAAGAGCGAUUUAUGUAGCGUAAAAUAAUGAUAUAGCACAGAGAAACAAACUUAGAGCAAGUUUGGGUCUCCACAGCUUGAACACGCACAAUUAAAAAUAAACACAAAAAAUUAAAGUUAGGAUUUGUUCCUAAAUGCCGGGUUAUAAAAUGUAAAACUUUCUGACAAUGUUUUGUUUUUAGAUUGCCACAAAGCACUUCAAGAAGUUUCAUCUUCCAAAAAUGCAUCAGAGAGAGGCACACUAGAACAUGUUCUGCCAAGUCUACAACUCAAUAGCAUUGAUAUAAAUGUGCUGUCCGAUGUGACAAAUGCUAACUCCAAAGUUUGUUUAUGUGCAGUUUAUCAACACGACAAUCAAAUUAUAGUGGAGAAUCCUUUAUCCAGAUUUGUAACUGAUUUAAUCCGUAAAAAUAACUGUACACAUUUUGAAGUGCAAGUGAAAGUGAAAAUGUGUAAAAGCUGCAAAGCAAACAAUGUGAAAACGACCUACGCAUCACAAGAAUUCGAGUGCACUCUUACUAGUCCGAUAGCUAGUUUUGAUGAAAACAGACCACUUCAACUAAGAAGGGUGAACUGUCAACCAGAAACUCCGUUUCAGGCGUUUUUGACGAAAUCAAAUAAUAUUAUCCAAGCCGAGGGUAAUUUUAUUCGUAUCAUCAGUAAAAUUUGUGAAAAUGGAAAAAAGGUAAGAAUCAAACUUCGUUUUGAUGUCCGAAGCAGUGUGAAAAGACGCUCUAAAAGUUUGUCCGAUUUUGAUUCCAUGAAAACUGCUAAGAAAUUCCAUGAAGAGCCAAACAGUUUCAGGAAUAUCAGUGGAAAUUGUUUGGCCAAGUCCAGCGCCUCUCUUGGUAAAGCGCAGUCUGCAAUCACUAUUCUUGAUGGAGAAGUAAACAUUCAGGACUAUGAGAAGUCUAAAUCAACAAUAAUUAUGCAAGAAACUCUUGCAAAAAACACUGAAAGCCAGGUUGACGAGGAUGUUAAGAUUGAAGAGGCUGUUGAGGUUGUUGAGGUUGAUGAGAUUGAUGAGGUUGAUGGAUUUCCUCUGGACGGGUUGGAGAAGCUGGAAAUUUUUGCCACAGGAAAAUUUGGUCCUCUAUACAAAGGUAACGUCAUUACGUGACUCAACAAUCGUUGGAUGGAAAGUGUAAACAAACCGGGGGGAGCGCUUGCAAAUUAUGUUCUGUAGAUUUUCAACGUUCAGCCAGCCUAAAUAUUUUUAAAAAAAUUUCAAAUUCAAUUUUAUAUUUUUAUUCACAACGACAGACGUUCUUCUGUCUUACAUUACAUUAUAAUCUAUAACAUUUAGUGAAACAAUCAUAAAAUAAAUAUCAAUUUUAAGAUAUAAAUGGCCAAUAUGUGUAGGGACUUUCUCGCCCUCCGUGCAACAAAAUCAAAUGAAUUUCUGCACUGCUCCAAUUUUAAUAUGGCGGUUUCAGAGGGGUCGCAGUACGAUGUCGUGUAUAGGAAGGGUCGAUCAAAGUAAAAAAUGCAGUCAAUUUUAACCUUGUUUUUGUGCUUAUAUUAUCUAACAAAUUAACAGAGUGAUACAGUAGAUAAACAUGGUCGUACCGGAAGGAAAAAAUUAGGGGGGGCGGAAAGAAAAUUGCCCGACUUUUCGUAAAAUUGCCCGACUUUUCGUGAUUGUGCCCGGCUAGUACCAAAAAUUUUCCCUGGAAAAAUUAUUUUGGCGACUCCCCCCCCUCGCCAAAAAAAUUUCGGUCAGUGUACCAUUUAAGGGGUCAAAAAAAUUUUCCGGAUAUACCAAAAUUUUUCGGAGCAUCACAUAAAUUUUCAAAAAAACACUACAUUGGCCACAAAAUUGACUAAAUUUUCGAAAAAAUUGACAGAAUUUGUCCGAUUUAUUUUUAUAACAAACCAAAAUUGCCCGACUGUUAAUCGAAUAUUGCCCGACUGCCCAAAAAACUGGGGGGGGGGGGCUACCGCCCCCCCGCCCGGUACGCCUAUGUAGAUAAAUAAAAAAAGCGCGUGGUCAUGAUAGUUCUGAUAUAAAUUAGCUUACACGUUUUAAAAUAACUCUGAACAACUAGUAUGUUAUAUUGCCACAUCGUUAUCACUGUAAAGUGGAAAUUUUGCUCUGGGGCACAAGCAUGCAAAAACAGGCAAUGGUUCUUUAAUGUCUAUAUUAAAUAUAAACGAUGGCAGCUAAUGAACUAUUUAAUAGACAUGUGUUCAACUUUGUUUAUAUCACAGGUUCCUACAACGGGCAAAUGUUACUGUAUUUAAGCUUUACUGCGCGCUCAAUAUCAGUCCGAUUUUCAUCAAAUUUUCACCAAAUGUUUUCUCCAGUGCAUGCAAAAUAUGGUAAAGUUGUAAAAUUAACAAACAAUAAAAUAAUGUAAGAGUUAUUCAAGAAAAUCUUAAAUCGCGGUACCGUUAUGCUUUUGAGUUGUGCUCCUGCUGGUUUUAAGUUAUAUUUAUGAAAAUAUCAUUUUUAUACAGUAAAAUAGUUGUUCUAAAAAACUGUGUUCGGAAAUUUUUGUUUAUUUCGUCAUUCCGCUGAUAUGGCGAUUUCUUUGACGACUGCAAUAUAUUUCUGAAUUGUUUGAGUGAAUUGCUCUUGAGAAAAAUUGGUUAAAACCUGCAGGAGCACAAUUCAUUUGACAAUCAGUAAUUACCGUAAAAUUUUUCGGGAGAAAAUUGAAUUUGAAUAUUACAUUUUCAAUGUUUUUCUUAUUGCAGCGAAAUGUAUUUUAUUAAAUAACUCUGCGAGUUUUCAACAUUUUUCGUUCAAACUUGGUCAGAUAGUAGAACUAGUCUAAUGCUUUCAUUGAAACCAAUAAAAAAAUUUUAGGCAAAAUUAACACUCAAAGGUGUUCUGUAACCUUAACUGGUUAUAAAAAAACCUAAUUACAUUAUUACAUAAGACGUACUUAGUUAUUUUGUCUUGAAGUCGUGCCAAUAGGAUCAGUUCAUUUCCAUACCUUGAUCUGUUCUUCCAAACAGUUCCUCAAUAAUUUGAAGAACUUCUUAGAAAUUUCCUAAUUUCCUGUGCUGUUAUAUAACAACUGACCAUUUUCAAUGUUUCUGUUUGACCCAGUGGUUUGACUGUUUGUCAACCGUUUGCCUAUAAAUUGGGCGUUGUGAAAAGCCGGAAUGCCGGAAUGUCACGGAAUAUGCCGGAAUCAUAGAGAUUAUAAAUAACACUAGAGGGGACAUCAUAAUCUUAAUUCAAUGAAAGAAAGGGAACGCGGCUAUUGGGGGGCAAAAAAUUCUUGUUUAUGGCAGUUAAGUAGUUCCGUUUUAAUUUUUACCAAGCAUUUUUACCUCAAUUUUGUCUAUAACGCAUUUUUGAGAGCGCUCCAAAAUAAUGCUGAUGUCAGCAAUUUUGAUGUUUUCGAGAGGAAUUAAACGUUUGAAUUCAGAAUUUUGGGGGAAUGUUUGUAGUAAUGACAUGCAAAUCAUAUAGAACACCCAGUUUUGUGACUCUUGUUUUAAAUUUUUGAGGUUUCAAAUGUAACCAAAAAUUGUGUGGUGUUCAUCCCCACAUUACCGCGUACCCAAGUUUCACCCUCGAUGCCCCCUCUAAUGUUAUUUAUAAUCUCUAUGGCCGGAAUGUGAUUUUAUAUUGCCUCGAAAAAAUCGUGAAAUUAAUGGCACACGAAAUUCCGUGAUAUUCCGCGAAAUUCUGGCAUAUUCCGUGAUAUUCCGGCUAGGGAUGUGCCGGAUACUGUUUUGCCGGAUAUAGUAUAGGUUGAAAUGUCAGAUAAUUGGAUCCGGCUGGAUUUUCGUGCCAAAUGCCAAAAUUUUUUUGGUCAAUUUUGGGGUGCUGAUUUCAAAAAAGUUGGGUACCAUUUUUUUCUUCUACGUCAUCAGUAAAAAAAUUGAGAUUCAAAAUGGCGGCAAUUUUUUUCAAAAUGGCGGCCAUUUUUUUCAAAAUAACGUCCAUUUUUUAUUAUGUUUUGUUCUAUUAGUCUCAAUAUAUAUCAUAGUUUCUGGAAACAUUAGAAUAACAAUACCGUUCAACGUUGUUAAUUCUUGAGUUGCUGAGUUUAAAAAAGUUGGCUACUUUUAUUUUCCAUGCCAUCAUCCUUCAAAACUUGGGGUUUCAAAAUGGCCGCCAUCUUUCAUUGUAUUCUGUGGAAAUUCUGUUCUAUUUCAUGCCAUGACCAUUUUAUUAAAAAGUUAGCUUUGACUUUUUUAACUGUAUCACUACAGUCACUAUUUAGUAAUUUAGGGCUGUGGUGGUGAGUCAUUAAAACUCUUUAAUUUUUGUUUACAAUUUCACUAGAAAUUAUGUCCAAGACAUAUAAAUAGAAUUAAGCUAUAGUGGCUGUGAUCGGGAAUGUAAAUAAAGAUAAAAUGUAUAAUAAAGUAAAGAAUUUGUCAGAAUAGUUUGCAUGACUAGUACCUAGCCUUUUCACACGGACAUCCAAGAUGGCGGACACAGCUGUCACUACAUGAGCUGUAUGUAUCUUUCCAUAUUUUUCAUUGUCUAAGCAGCCGAACUUGAUUUUGGGAUUGGAGGUGAAAAACAUUAAAUUAGGUAAUUACUAAUUUGAAAUUGAUCGAAAAAGGGUGUGAAAAAAGCAUCAUAAUGUGAUUUUAGUUGUAAUAUGAUAUGGUUAAUGUGCUGUCCUAGGAAUGUCAGACAUGCACAAAAGGAAGAAGAGAUGAAGGAAUGGUCAAGAGAUGAAGUAAUUUCUCUAAUACGGAUACUACAGAAACCAGUGCCAACAAGUGCAUCAUAUGCUCGAAGGUCGAAGGAACAACACCCUUAACAUUAAAAUCGUCUAGGGAGAGUCUGGAAAAAGUCAAGAAAUAUGCAAGCCAACGUGCAUCGUAUGGGGAAACAAACUUAUCCCCUCUCUGUCACUCUGUGACAGGAUUGCAAGUCUUACAGAUGAGCAAUACAUUCAGUCUGUAUAUCAUUCUGGAUGUUAUAAAAAUAUCGUCAACAAUUAGAAAUUGAAAAGGGAAGAAAAGAGAUUUAGGGAAUCUUCAUCAUCAUCAAAGUCAGUAGUGCCUCCAAAGAAAGGUCGCCCUUCAAGGUCAGAUUCUCCAUCAUGCAGUAGAGAGGGAACAGGCGAACGGCUACGACGAUCUGUUGGCGCUUCACAGCACAUCAAGACUUGUGUGUUCAAGUGUUCCCAUCCUAGCACAGGCGAACUACAUCGAGUCGAAAGCGAGUCUAUGGGCAUCAGGUUUUUGUUGAUUAAGUCAAGAACACAAGAUGAGAAUGUUAGGGUAGCUUUAGCCAAUGUUAAUGAACCUUCUGACUGCGCUGCAUUUGAUUUAAUGUAUCACAGGAAUUGUCUUAGAGAACACGAACGAAAGUUGCAACAAUCCAUUUCAAACUGGGAUAUACAGUCCAAGUCCAACAUUGGCAAAUAUAUCGCUGACGUUGACAUCCUGAAUGCUGUCAAAUGUUCCCUUGCUUCAGGUUCUACUCUAACAAUGAAUGAAAUUGAUGAAGAAUAUGUUUCCAUACUUACUGAAAAUGAGGUAGAUCCAGGUUCCAGCCAUCAUAAAAAGCAUCUGAAAAGUAUUAUCCAUGAAAACAUUGAAGAUGUUAAAUUUGUCAAGUCACAUAGAUCCAAUGAAAGUGAUAAUGUAGUCAGCGAAAAGCUACUUGGAGUGGCUGUUAACAACCUCCGAGAGCAACAAAAUGAAGGAGAUGACAUCAAAUGCGUCGCAAAGACAGCUGCUAUAUUGAGAAAUGAGCUCAAAAGACAUACUCGCUGGAAAUUUACAGGAUCCCAGUCCAUGAAGGAAUUUCAGUCUCCACCAAUGUUGACCUCCUUUCUACGAUGGCACAAAACUUCUUCUUGGCACAAAACUUAGAAAUGUGAAAGGAAAGCGCUAUGAGGCAUCAACGAAGUCAGUUGAUCUUGUGUCACAACAGAUACUGCAGAACUUUAAAACGGACCGUCAGACAACUUACCAACCCCAGUCGGAUACCGGAUUCCGAAGUCACAUUGAAACUCCUCUCUUUGUUGGAUUGGCAUUAACGAUUCACAAGAAAACAAGAAGUAAGGAUCUUGUAAAUGUUCUUUCACAGCUGCAAAUCGGAUCUAGCUACAAGAACGUCAUCAACAUAGAGAAGCGAAUUGCUUGCAGAGUGGCUGAGCGGAUGAAGGCGACAGGUGGAUUUUGUUUGCCGUCCUUUCUUGUGAAAGGAAAGUCUAUUUACUUUGCUGCAGAUAAUAUCGACUUCUUAGAAAACACAGCUGAUGGUCAGAACACUCUCAUGGUACGAUGCUAGUGAUCAAUCAAAACAAGAACAGCAACAAUGAUGAAACUGCUAGAGUCGUAGUGGAUGAAUCUCUUCGUAUCCCCGAUGAAAUUGUCUCUGUGGAUGUUACCACAGUCUACAGAAGCCCGACAUCCGUUGAAGCCAAGCCUAUCACAGUUAACAAGUUCGACUUUCACUCCCAUGAACAUCUUGUGAGAAAAUACGAGGUGGACGACAGAGAGUGGCUGAUGGCAUCGUUUUCCCACAGAGAGAGAAGUGCGAUCGUAGGAAAUGCUAUCCCUGAAGAACUGUCAGCAAGUACAUGUGAACAAUUUGAAGCUGCAGAUCAUCCCGAACAGCGUACAUCUCAAUCAUCCACUAAACUGGAGAAAACAGACAUUAUGCCGACUUGGGCAGCUACUAACUCUUUAUUAAUGUCGGCACCACAAGUUCACUUAGAGAAUCGACAGAAAACACAGAGUUCAAUUGUUGCCCCUUUGUUAAGGAGACCUCCAACAGAUUUUACAGCUCUCUACACGGUGUUGUGUCAGGCUCAGGGUAUAUCAGCUUUUGUGGUAGGUCCUGAUCACAAAACUAUAAUUACUCUUGAUCUGUACGAGAGACCAUUGAAACUGCAAUCUUCGACAGAGAACACUAACUGAGUUUUGAGAGUUGGUGAACUUCAUGCUUGUUUUGCUUCUCUUCAUGCCAUCGCAAAGUAUCUAGAAGGCAGCGGUCUUGAGUCUAUCAGCAUUGAAGCUGGUCUUUAUUCGCCAUCUACCAUCCGCCAAAUCUUCACUGGAAAGUGGUUUAAGCGUGGUGUAGAGUACCAUUUGACCAAUAUUAUGGCCUGCUAUGACCUUCUUUUCGAAGCCUCUUUGCAGCAACAAGACGCGGGAUCUAUGAUACUGAAAUGUUAUGAACUUCGCAAUCAACUCCAUACAAGGCAAGAAGACGUGAAAGAGGUCUUUGAAGAAGUAAGUGCAAUCUUCUUAAAACUGUUCCAAUCUUCACUUGAACAAGACCUUGGAGAAAUGGCACAAUUUCUGCGGAGCUAUAUGAAGAAAGUAGAGAGUUUGAUUCACUUAAUUCGAGCGAGCAGACAGGGAGAGUGGGAACUUCACCUUGGUGCUCUUGAAGAGAAUGUCAAAUACUAUUUUGCGCAUGAUCUUUACAAAUAUGCUCGUCUCGUACCAGUUUAUCUUGCCCAAAUGCAGCGGCUUAAGGACACUGACCAGGAAACCUGGAAGGCACUGGAAUGUGGUGACUUCAUGGUAGCGAAAUCGGGGAUCCCAUUCACAAAUCUGUUCGUGGAUCAAACAUUGGAACAGCUAAUCAGAGAACUCAAGGUAGCGGGAGGGAUAACUGGCAUCACACAGAAUGCAGGCGCACUUGAUAGAUUUUUCUUGAUUGCCCCUAAGUUAAUCAAGCUAAUCAAAGAUUUCCACGAUUCUUACUGCACAGACAGCGUCCAACCAGCAACUAAGGAACAUUAUCAGCUGAGUGGCUCAAUGGCAGUUCGUAUGUUCAAUAACUCAGGCUUGAUCAAGAAAGGAAUAGUCAAACAUUGUGACGGGAAUCCAUUUUCACGUAAGAACAUUAAUCUAACGCACCUGGUAUCUAAUGUGGAGGUACCAGAAAAUGCAAAGGACGACAUCCUUCUCAGAGAUGAAAAGGGGACAGAGAAAUUUGAAGAAUUUGUGUCUGAGCGGGUUGUUGCAUCCACAGCAAAGAUGUCGAUUUGGGAUCCAAUGAAGAAAAUCAAGCUGAAGACCUUUACUACAUGCAGGAAGAAGACACAAUGCAAAGUCGGAAACAAGCUGGUAAAGUUAAGGGAAGAUCGACAGCUAUUGGCAAGAUUUCUCUUAGUUCAACAGUCACGGCCAAGUAUGAUCCAAUCUCUGAGCGACACUAUUGGUAGAUAUGAGUUUACUGUCAUUCCCAGGUCACUUUUCUCCUCGGAUGGUCUUCUUCUUAUCCCAGCUGACAAGAGUUCUUUUGUGCAUGCCAUUGAAGAGUGCAGCAUAGAGCUAUCAAGUGAACAAAAUAUCUUAUGAUUCACCUUACAUUGUUUAAUGAGGUUACAUAGUAACCACGGUUAAUAUCACAGGAACCGCGCGCAGUCUGGGUACGACAUGUGCCCUCAGGAUAUCGGAUAUAGAGAGUGCCAAGCAGACUCUCAGGUCAUUAGCUAAUUCGUAGCCAACUGCAAUGGUUAUCUGCUCAGAGAAGAAGCAACUGGGCUUGAUCCCUUUCCUAAUUUCUAAAUUGCGACAUAGCUUAGCAACUGGGUUUAGUCACUUUGCUAAUUUCUAAAUGGCGGCAUAGCUUAGCAAUUGGUCUGGUCCCUUUGCUAAUUUCCAAAAUACGACGCUGUUUAGCAACUGGGUUUAAUCACUUUGCUAAUUUCUAAAUGGUGGCAUAGUUUAGCAACCGGGUUUGCUUCCUUUGCUAAUUUCCGAAUGGCGGCAUAACUUAGCAACUGGGUUUGGUCCCUUUGCUAAUGUCUACAUUGCGACAUUGCUUAGCAACUGGGUCUGGUCCCUUUGCUAAUUUCUGAAUGGCGACAUAGCUUAGCGGGUUUGGUCCCCUUGCUAAUUUCUAAGUGGCGACAUAGUUUAGCAACUGUGUCUGGUCCCUUUGCUAAUUUCUAAAUGGCGACAUUGCUUAGCAACUGGGUUUAGUCCCUUUGCUAAUUUCUAAAUGGCGAUAUAGCUUACAACUGGGUUUGGUCCCCUUGCUCAUUUCUAAAUGGCGACAGUGCUCAGCAAAUGGGUCUGGUCCCUUUGCUAAUUUCUAAAUGGCGACAUUGUUUAGCAACUGGGCUUGAUCCCUUUCCUAAUUUCUGAAUGGCGACAUUGCUUAGCAACUGGGUUUGGUCCCCUUGCUAAUUUCUAAAUGGCGACAUAGUUUAGCAACUGAUUCUGGUCCCUUUGCUAAUGUCUAAAUGGCGACAUCGCUUAGCAACUGGGUUUAGUCCCUUUGCUAAUUUCUAAAUGGCGAUAUAGCUUAGCAACUGGUUCUGGCCCCUUUGCUAAUUUCGGAAUGGCGACAUUGCUUAGCAACUGGGUCUGGUCCCUUUGCUAAUUUCUAAAGGGCGACAUGGCUUAGCAACUGGGUCUGGUCCCUUUGCUAAUUUCUAAAGGACGACAUAGCUUAGCAACUGGGUCUGUCAGCUAGAGUCACUGGCGACAGUGGCUAAGGUCAAAAUGGCGCGGUAUGGUGUAAUAACCUGGCCUCGCCCUGUGUUUAUUUUGGAAGAGCAGCAGAACUAGCCACUAAAUGUGCAUGGCGGCGUUGCUAAUGUCAACUUAUGGAAGAACAUCUAUGGAGGCAUAGUUUGUACCCGGGUGGAUGUAGUUGGGAUUCGGUCUGGGGGCCUGGGAUUUUUGGUUACUUGGAGUGGUGAAAUUUCGGAGAAAUGUCACUUUGGUGGUCAGGUCCUGAAUGGACAGGUCCACGUGAUUCGGACCUGAAUCCAAGUAACUCAAAUCCGUAGAUCAUUAGCUGACCACGUCUGCACCUAACCAUCCACACGGGUAAGUAUGGUGACGACAGAUAUUAAAUGAGGUUACAUAGUAACCAAGGUUAAUAUCACAGGAACCGCGCGCAGUCUGGGUACGACAUGUGCCCUCAGGAUAUCGGAUAUAGAGAGUGCCAAGCAGACUCUCAGGUCAUUAGCUAAUUCGUAGCCAACUGCAAUGGUUAUCUGCUCAGAGAAGAAGCAAUUUUUUUUUCAUGACUACAAUUGAUUUUUAAUUUAAUUUCCAUCGAACUAAGUUCGGUGUGAUAAGGUGCAGACGUUCGGUGGUCAGGUCCUGAAUGGACAGGUUCACGUGAUUCGGACCUGAAUCCAAGUAACUCAAAUCCGUAGAUCAUUAGCUGACCACGUCUGCACCUAACCAUCCACACGGGUAAGUAUGGUGACGACAGAUAUUAACUGGUAUUCAGUAUAUAAAAUUCACUGCUGUUGGCGAACGAGCAGUUCACAUCACCAUCACGAAAAAAAUAUGUCGUAAUUUCGUCGUAAUGCAGCGCACGCUCAGAAAUUGUUCGUGUUUCACAAUUUUUAAACGCCAAUUAAACUUUUCCGUUUCAUGGUUGUAACAAAAUAUCUUACAGUACUAUCCAGUAAAUAUCCGGCAAAUUUAUAGUGCCGGAUGCCUAAAUUUUACCGGAUACCGGUAUCCGGAUCCUGCACAUCCCUAAUUCCGGCAUAUUCCGUGAUAUUCCGGCAUUCCGGGUUUUCACAACGCCCCGAUCUUAAAUCUGUCUAAUGUUGAGAUAAGAUGAAGUAAUUCUAUAGACGUACUAGACAUACAUUAUGACAACAACAACUUUUUCAACAUGCAUGAGCAUGAUAUCGUACGUCGCAUGAAUUUUCCGAUUUUUUGUAAUUGUACACUAAAUGUUCUUUCUUACAGUUUCUAGAAAGGGGAGAGAACAAUUGGUUAAGAUUGUUAAAACAGACACGGGAAACGAGCAUUUUCUAGAGGUUUGUAUUGUAUGUACAUGUAACAAUACAGUAGUGAAUCGGGCGGAAAUCAAUCUAUCAUGCAAAUGUGACCAUGCAAAUGAAACCAAGUCAAGUGCUGUCGGAAGCAAAUUGUUAUUAAGGAGCUCAACUAAUAGGAGUGGUAUGAAGAGCAUUCGGUGUUUUUAAUUUCCUGAGGCUGAGAGCAUUUAAGAAAUAUAGAGCCGGAUUAGGCAUUGCACUUUUUGCAACCCCCAUGCAGUUUUGGAAAAACAUUUGCUCACUAUACAAUUACAAUUGUUUUUGCUCCUCUAGAUACAUUUAUACUGAAUGUCAAUGAAUCUUACACACAUAAUCUUGUAUUGCCAUAAAUCAAAAGACAUGCUGAUGUAUAAUAUAACAAUAAUACACAUUUAUUACGGCAGUUGAUUUUCUCAGCCUCGUACCCAGGAAAGAAAUCGCGAUUGCUAUUAUAUAUAGAUCAAUGGCUGAUCUGGGCGAGCGCGCAGGGGUGCUUUCCCAUAGAGAUGAUAAAUAACACCGUGUUAUUUAUAAUCUCUGUGUGCUUCCCAACAUGCCGUGCGCUCAGAGCGCAGUUUUCACAUAGAGGCCUGGGUACGAGGCUGUGAUUUUCUGGUAACUGAAUGUUUCAUCAAUGACAAGUGGAAUACAUCUAUCUAUUAGUCGUUUAAUUAAAGGGACAAGCGAGUCCCAACAAUUAAUCAUCCCAAAUAUCGUGAAAAUAUGGAAUAACAUUCUUUACAUUGUCAAUAAGGACUUUCGUUUUGCAACCAUUUCCAAAAUAUUUGCUUGAAGUCAUUGCAUUGUAUAUUUAACAAAUAUAAAACGUUUUCCGUUUUGAUAUACAGUUAUAUCAAUACGAGUGGAAAUUGGGAAAACGAGAAAUUGUGUGGAAACACGACGCCCGAAGGGCGGAGUAUUUUCAUACAAUUUCGAGUUUUCCCAACUUCCACGAGUGUUGAUAUAACUAUAUAUCAAUACAGAAAAAUUGUUUUAUAUUUUUUUUUAUAAUAUAGCAAUGUCAGAAGCCCGAAGGAUAAGAAAAAUUUCCGUGUUUACGAGCGGCGGAAAAUUUCCCGUGUUGACAUUGAGUUAUAUCAACACGGCUCUUAGCCAAUCUGCGUUCCGAAUUUACAAAUGCUAUAUUAUAAUUGCAAUUUUCGAACUUGCAUUUAACAAAUUUAAAACAUUUUCCGUGUUGAUAUACAGUUAUAUCAACACGAGUGGAAAUUGGGAAAACGAGAAAUUGUGUGGAAACACGGCGCCCGAAGGGCGGAGUGUUAGUUACACAAUUUCGAGUUUUCCCAAUUUCCACGAGUGUUGAUAUUUAACAAUUAUUCGCCGAAGGCGAGGUGAUUAUCGGAGAAUAUUCGCCGAGACGAAGUCGAGGUGAAUAUUCCCCGAUAAUCACCGAGCCUGAGGCGAAUAAUUGUUUUAAUAUUUUUGUGUUUUUUUGGGACUGAAUUUAUUUUAAUUUCGCUUAUUUCUUUAUCAGUAUAAUGGCCACACAACGGCUAGCCGCCAUUUUGAAAAUUUCGAUUUUGUUAUAUUCAUCUAUAGGUGAAUAUUACAGCUUAAUACUUCAAAUUUGACCAAUCAAUUUGUAGGAUUUGUUAUGUUCACUUGAGCAAAAAUACUAAAACUAUAUAUCAAUAUGGAAAAAAUUUUCCGACGUUUCCGUGUUGACAUUAUAUAGGGAGCUUACGAAUGUGAGACGGCGACGUCAGGACGACGGCUAUCAAUACAAUGACAUUAAUCCUAUAGUACAAAAGAAAUGAAUAAUUAAAUGUAGUAUAGUGGGGGGGUUUUAGACGUCGUCCAAGCUCUGUUGACAACGGCAAAAUGUAUAUUUUCACGUCCUGUAUAGUACGCUAGCAUUUCACGCUGUGACAGGUAGUUUUUCUAGCAGAGAUAAUCAACAUUGCUCGGAGGGUUAAAUCUCUGGUUUACGCGUUCGAAACUAUUUUAAAUUCAUACAAAAGUAAAUGCAAGACAAUAUUUUCAUACAUUUUCAUAAUAUAUUCAUCACUUAUUUCAAACAGUUUUUCUAGCCGUCGUCCUGACGUCGCCGUCUUACAUUCGUAAACUACCAAUGAGUUAUAUCAACACGGCUCUUAGCCAAUCAGCGUUCAGAAUUUACAAAUGCUAUAUUAUAAAUGCAAAUAUUCUGCCUCUAAAGAUAAUUUCUGAGGUAAAGGAUCACACAAAUAAUAAACUGAGGUAAAGGAUCACACAACAUUUAAAUUAUUUCAAUUUGUAGUAGUGUUCUCCUCCCAACAAUGACAAUAGACAGAUUUAGAUCGAGGACGCGGACGUCAAAGACGAGGUGAGAAUGGCGUGUUGUGCCCAUGUAUGGAUAUGCCAUUUUCACGUCGUCCUUGACGUCCGCGUCCUCGAUCUAAAUCUGUCUAAUGUGACAGCAACAACCUACUUGUUCUGAAUGAUCCACUCGUUGCUAUUGAAGUCCACUUGGUUUGGUGUUUCGUUCCAAAUUUCGAUAAUUUUAUCCGAAUACGAUUGUUCGGUUUUCAAUCUACUUGACAACCUCGUGUUUGUAGUUCCCAAAUUCCCAAACAAUUUCGCUAUUUAACGCGAGAUCCACCUCUUCCGACUAUCAUAAAUUCUUAUACUAAUAUAAUUGUGAUUUUUUGCAGGAAGCGAGACAAUUUCUCAAAUGUAGACAUCCAUAUAUCCGUCCAACCGCAGACAUUUUGGAGCACCAUGAAAGGUAUAGUGACAAGAGUUCUUACAAAUUAUCGUGACGAAAUUAAUCUUGUUACGUGCAAAUUAAUUGGGUACUGGGGAGUACGGAAGAUUUACACCAAAAUGAGCUCAGUCAGAAUAGGAGAAAGAUACAAUAAUGGUGUUGAUAACAGUGUGUUUACUCCUCGCGCGUCUUUCACUUUUGAGUUGGAGUUCGAUUGCUCUGAUUCAUAGCCCGAUCGCAGAUUCUGGAUGAAUAAUUUCCUCUCAAUCGCAUGUGAGAAUACUUUUCCAAUCUCACUCCAUCAAAUGCCGCAAAUUUUCGUCGUAUAUUAUACGGUUUUGUCCUGUAGGUUACCAAUUAAUUAACUAGUAAUGAUUUUUCUGUGUUGAUGUAAUGUACUCAGGUGAAUAUGAUGCUUGUGAUGUUACUCUGAGUGUAUAUCCACAAAGGUCGUAGGUUCGAUUCCCACCGUGGUCAGGCAUAUUUUUCAAGCUUGGCCGGUGUGGAUUAUUAGUGGAUAUAUCAUUGAUAUCGACGGAACUAGUUUCUGUUCCGAAAUAUCACAUACUCGAACCGAUCUGACCGCGUAGCUCAGUUGGCAGAGCAUUGGGCUAGUAUUCCAAAGGUCGUAGGUUCGAUUCCCACCGUGGUCAGGCAUAUUUUUGAAGCUUGCCCGGUGUGGAUAUACACUCAGAAUAACAUCACAAGAAUUAAUUAAUUAUUAGACAAUUAGGUUUUUAUUAUAUACAUAUAUACUCUAGGCAUGUUUACACCACCCUCAAUGUUUGACAUGGUACAGAUAAAUAUGGUACACCAGUACCAGAUUUGCCCGUGCAUGCUAGGACUGUACCUAAGGCAUGGGUACCAUUUUUAUCCGUACCAUGCCGAAAAUUGAGUGUACGUAACAAACCUAUAGGCAUUCCACUACAGUAAAGUAAGAUAUGUAAAACUUUUAAAUAUUACGAAUUUGUCGUGAAUGUUAAUUGUAACGCAACCAUAUAUUAUUAGGUACUUUGUAGUGUAUUGGUUUCUGGAUGGCCACUCUUUGUUCCAAGUCAUAGAGGAGAAUGUCAUUAAGAACUAUGUUAUCUAUUGUCGGAUUUUGUUUGGUAUGGUGAAAGGACUAGUAUAUCUACGGAGGAUAGGGUAGGCAGUGACUCAUUCUCAGACUUACCAAAUUUGUCUUUUUCAGUUUAACUUAAAUAAGUAAAAAAACAUUUUUGGGUCAGGGCAUCGUUCAUUAUAUUUAUAAUUAAGAAAAUGAAGUAAAAAAUAAUCAGGCUUUUGAUAUGUGGGCGUAGCUCAUGCAUCCGCUGAAGCCAAAAUUUGGGUUGAUGACAUCCUCUAAUAGAUAUUUUUUGUAGAAUUGAAUGCCAGUAUCUGACACCAGAGAAAGUCCUACUGGACAGUCGCUUCAACCCGCGCAUUUCUGGUGUUGGAAAAUCGUACUUUAAAAGUCAAGAACAUACGGAAACGAAUCAUGGCGACUUUCAUCGUUCUCUGUCUUAUCUUGAUGUUCAUCUAAGAAGCAAGGAAGAAAAGCAUUCGAAAAACGUUUUGUGGAGUGUUGGGCGAUGUAUGUUGUUUUGAGCGAACGUACCUGUAAAUACAAACGAUAAACGAAUUAACCAACCAAUCAACCAGAUAUUUAAUCGCCAAAUAACUAACCAACCUUGAUAUAUUGACCAACUGAC